AAUGGCAGAGACACUUUUGUUGACUUUAUAUUUUAAUCCUUAUUUUUUAAUUUUAAGAUUACCUUUUGACUUUCUAAUUCGUUCUACUAUGUAUAAUAAAAGAUUUGCUCCUCAAAAUUUCCAUAAAAUGCCUAAACCCUCUGAAAAGACAACAACAACUAAGCGAAGGACAAUGUUAAUUCCACUUUUUAUUAAUUCUGCCGCUCAAAAAGUUCUAGAAAGACGUCAAUAUUCUUCAAAUAAAUUUCCUGACCGUCAAAAUGAAAAGGAUUUCGAAAAUCUCAUUGGGGCCGUUUGUAAAAAUAAUGGAUGUACUGCGGUUUGCAAUGACAAAAAUACUUUUAAUUCGAUUUGUAUUCAUCACCGAGGAUUACCAGCUUCUCGUGACCCAAACUCUACCGCCGCUAUCGUUUCGAAUAAUAGCGCAACUCAAUAUCAACAGUUGCAUAAUCAUCAACAAUAUUGGACUUGUUGUGGGCGUAAAACAACAAAUUUACUUGGAUGUACUAAAGGCUCUCAUCGAUGGAUUAUUGUUGGUUUUUUAAUAAACAUUUCCUUAUUUUCCCUUCGUCAACGUGUUGAUGAAAAUAUUCGACAUGAUUGGUUUUAUCGUGGAGGCCAUGUGCAUUUAAGCAUUUUUUCUCGCUCUACUGUACCUCAAGGAACGCGUGUUGAAAGUGAUGGUCUUACACUUGAUGUUGUUAUUGCAUAUGGUUUUGGGUUGAAGGAGACUGUUAGGCACUUUGACUUGUAUGCGGAAAUAUUGCCUGCUGAGAGUUUGGUAUUGGUUAGCGAGAAGAAAGUUGAAAUAAUUCUGAAGCAAAUGAAGCGUGAACACUGGCCUCGUCUUUGCCAUGAAGAGGGGGUUGGGGCUGUUUGUGUUUUUGACGAUGAUGGAGGAGCUAUGUGUGACUUGGAUGAUGAUUAA